CCUCCACUUUCUAUGUCUGAUAUGCGGAAAUAUUAUUUCGGCACUUGGGCACGAUUUCUCUGUGAAAACCUCCAAAUUGCAGCAACAACCCAUUUCACGAGACCGGACAAAAAUGCGCGGAGAAGCAGAUAAGCCGCCAUCCAUCGUCCUGUGAUCGAAUAAUCAUCUACCUCACCACAUACUACUCUCUCAAUAUUUCAUCAAUGGAGCAAAUCCGUGUCCUGAUCACCGGGGGCUGCGGUUUCUUAGGAACAGCCGUCGUCUCAGCGCUGCUCGAGACGAAAAGAUUCGAAGUCACAGUUAUCGACAUCAACCCGCCCUCGCUGGGCAGCACAACCUUCGCCAAUGAUGUCCGCUAUGUUCGGGCGAACGUCCUGGAUGCAGAAGCUUUGCAGAAAGUGUUCAGCGAAGCUCGGCCUGCUGUUGUGAUUCACACUGUUGGUGUGUAUCCCCUUGGUAUGCGGCGCUACUCUAUGAAGGGUAAAGAGCCCGUGUUCAGGGUCAAUGUUGAGGGCACGAGGAAUGUCUUGCAAGCAGCCAAAGAGUGCGGCGCAAAGGGGUUUGUGUAUACGAGCAGUAUUACCGUGGUGCUUGAUGAGUUGGACAAGGACUUUAGGAGUGUGGAUGAGGAAUGGCCGACGGGAAGGGCACAUACGAGCUACGGAUUGAGCAAGGCCAUCGCAGAAGAGCUCGUCCUCUCAGCAAACACCCACGACUUCGCAACCUGCGCCCUCCGCUCAGCACCCAUAUUCGGUCCCAACGACGCAGCAUGCAUCCCAACCAUACACUCUUGCAUAGCAGCAGGCCAAACCCCUUUCAUCCUGGGCACAGGCACCAAUCUCCAGGACUUCGUCUACGUCGACAACGUCGCCGACGCGCACGUGCUCGCAGUGGCCAAUCUGAUCAAUUCUCAAACUGCUGCGGGAGAGGCCAUGUUCAUCACCAACGGGGAGCCCGUCACGGCGAGAGAUUUGUGCAUAGCGGUUUGGAAGGAAUUCGGGCACGUUCCAAAGUUUCAGAUGAGGAUUCCAGAGACGCUGGCGUGGUGGAUGGGGUACGCUGCGGAGUGGACGAGCUGGCUGAGCGGGACGGAGGGUGUACUACUGAGUAGAGGAAUGGUAAGUGACGGGUGUCGAGAGCGGUACGUUAGUAUCUCCAAGGCAAGACAGAUAUUGGGGUAUAAGCCGAGAGUGAGCCUGGAAGAGGGACUCAAGAUAAGCUGUCAGCAUUACCAGAAAAAGAUCAGUCAGCGGAGCAAGAGGUAACAUGGACACCCAAGGGUAGAGCGAAAUCAUGAUAAUGAUGCCCCCUUGACAAAGAGCAGUAAUCCCGAAGGCUAGUAUAUAAGAUAAUCGAAUGAUACAAACAUCUCUCUCC